AUGGCACGCAAGAAGCCUCAAGGAAAGAAGAGCAAAAAGGCAGAGGUCGAGGAGGAAACUCCAGACCUUGAAUCUGUCGACCAGGGAGAGAACUCGGACGGUUCUAGUCAGUAUAGUUAUGAUGGAUCGGAUGGUGACGGUUCACAACAAGAAGAUGAAGGAUCCGAUGUCUAUGUAUCUGAUGCCUAUGACGAUGACGAUGAUUUCGAAGAUCAAGGAUCAUCAGACGAAGACGAGGAACUUAUGGAAAAGCAGCACGAAGAUGAUGGUUCUGGUGACGAGAUGAAUGAGCUCGAAGAUCUUGAACAGACAUACGAGUCGGCUCCACGCAAAUGGAAAAGCGGGAAACGAAGUGCAACUGGGAACCCUAGGAAAGGAACAGCAGAGUCCCAGUUAAUGCAUACUGAUGACUUGUCUUCUGAUGAUGAAGACGAAGAUGGUACCGGAAAUCGUAUCGGGAGAGUUCCUCUUCAUUGGUAUGACGACCUUGAACACAUUGGAUACGACGGACAUGGAAAGAAAGUUGCCAAGUCUGCAAGCAAGACUGAAGGUGAUCGAGUGGAUCAAGCUAUUGCCAAUGCUGAUAAUCAGUUGACUGGAAAGUUUGUUGUACAUGAUGCGCUCAACGAUAAGUCGGUUGAACUGACGCAACGACAAUUGGAGAUUAUCAGAAGAAUUCAGAAUGGAGCUUACGCUCAUCCUGAACAUGACGGAAACCCAGAUUAUAUUGACUACUUCAGUGGUGUGGAUCCAGAGCUUUCGGGUUUGAAUGACAAUCGUUACUUGCCAAAGUCUAAAUUCCAGCCAAGUAAAUGGGAGAAAAUGCAGGUCGAUAACUUACUCCGAAAGUUGGAACAGGGAUACAUUAGCAUGGAUUACUUGACUGGAAAGGUUCGUGACAUGAACGAUGCGAACAAGAACAAGGAUCCAAAUGCGCCCUUUUUGCUUUGGACGGGAGCAGAAGAAGAUGAACUGAAUAUGAAAAAGGGACCCCAACACAUUGCAGCACCAAAGGUCGCCCCUCCAGGACAUGCAGAGAGUUACAUCCCACCAAAUGAAUACGUUCCCACAGAAGAGGAACUCAAGGAGUGGGAAGAAAUGGAACCCAAAGACCGACCUCAUGGCCUUUUGGUUCCUAAAAAGUUCCCAAAUCUUCGGUCUGUUGGAGCUUACAAGCACUCGGUCCGUGAGGCAUUUGAGCGCUGUUUGGAUCUCUACCUUUGUCCUCGGGUGAUGAAGCGGCGUUUGAAUAUUGAUCCAGAGAGCCUUGUUCCGAAGCUUCCAAAGGCCAGUGAUUUGCGACCAUUUCCUACAGCAAAGUGUAUCGAGUACAAGACACCGUACGAUGGCGACGACGCUCCAGUUAUCCGAUGCGUCAGCUGCAGCCCCAAUGGUCAAUUUUUGGCAAGCGGCGCUUCUGAUGGAAUUGUCCGACUUUGGGAAGUUGAGACUGGCCGUCUUCUUCGCAGUUGGGACUUGUCGAAGGUUUCGAAGUCUGUUGAUCCCGAUUGCGAUGAGGAUGACGAUUCGAUUAAACCCGUCGUUUCACUGGAAUGGAAUCCAAAUGCUGCUCAUCAUUGUAUGCUUGCGGCCGUUGGAAAGUGUGCAAUCCUGCUUGCCACAGGCACAGAAGGUGUCCAUGAUGCUGCUAUUACCGAGGCACUUUUGAGCGAAGCCAAGACUGGCGGCAAUAUCAAAACCGAAAAGGCUGCAAAAGCAGUAAAAUGGCAUUCUGUCAAAUCCGAAAGUAAACCAGUGAGCUCCUUUGGACUUUCGAGCGGCCCAAUUUGUGCUCUUCUCACCCGCAACGAAGUUGCCAGUCUGCGAUGGCAUACCAAAGGAGACUACUUUGUGACUGUCAGUCCCAAAGCAGGAGCCCCGUCGGUUUUAAUCCACCAAUUGAGCAAGGGAAACUCCCAACAGCCGUUCAGCAAGGCCAAGGGAGAGGCCCAAACCGCUUGUUUCCACCCCAGCAAGCCAUUCCUCUUUGUUGCCACCCAGCAACACGUCCGAGUAUAUCAUCUCGUAAAGCAAGCUAUGGUGAAACGGUUGAUAUCUGGAUGCCGUUGGAUUUCGUCGUUGGACGUGCAUCCUUCUGGAGACCACUUGAUUGUGGGCAGUCUCGAUAGACGCAUGAUUUGGUUCGAUUUGGACCUUUCUCACACACCCUUCAAGACACUAAAGUACCACGAAAGGGCGCUCCGAUCGACCAAAUUUCACAAUCGGUACCCACUGAUGGCCAGUGCUUCGGACGAUGGAGCAGUCCAUGUAUUCCACAGCAUGGUGUACUCAGAUCUGAUGCGCAAUCCACUCAUUAUUCCAGUGAAGAUUCUACGGGGCCACAGCAUCCAGAAGAAGUUGGGUGUUCUUAAUCUUUCCUUCCACCCUACCCAGCCUUGGCUUUUCACAGCUGGAGCUGAUGGUCGCAUUUUCUUGUACCAAGACAUUUAA